CCUUCCGCACCUCGGCACCUUUCUGUUUCUUAGUUACCCCUCUGAGUGUCUAGCGGGAGGGAGUCGAUGGGGUGUUGGAGGGGUGGCGUGCAGAGCGUCUGCGUCGGGUUUCACGCGGACUGUGGGAGUUUCGGGCUCACCCAGAGGGUGUGAGCGACAACACCGCUGUCCUCACGGGUGUGCACGCCCCCGGGUCGGAGGGAUUCCUGUCUGGCUGGUGUAGACGCUCCUCCGCUCUUCUAUCGGUAUGGAACAUGAGACUGAAAAUAAUAGCUCAGAAUGUUCCUGAAGAAGAAAGUGUUUCCUUUGAGGUAGAAAUGGAAGGAUUUACAAGAGAGGGUCCCUGCUUCCCCAUUUUAGGCGACAAUUGGGACUGUGAGAACCAGGAAAGAAAUUCAAGGCAGUCUCCUUUAAUUGAUGAGAAAACAGAGGCUCAGGAAGCAAAUUGUGACCAUCAUAAUUUGGGGGAACAUUUGAGUACAAACCCAGCCCUUCUAGCAUCUCAGAGAGUUCCUACAACAAACAGCUUCCAUGUUCCUAACUCAGAUAUUAAAACUUUUGAUUGUGACCAAACCUUACAUAGUUGCCCCCAGAAUUAUACAUUUAAGGGAACUGGUGAUGAUGAUGCUUGUGAAAAAGCCAUCCAUCCUUCCAUGGAAGUCACUCAACUUGUAAGAAACCAAACGAGAGAUAAACCCUAUAAAUACGCAGAAAGUAUUAAAUCUAUAAACCACUUUACCACUGCCCUUUGUGAUAAAAAAAUUAAAAAAAGAAGCAAGAAAUUUUACAAAGGUAAAGACUUUGGGGACAUCUUGGCCUUGAGCUCAUCUCUUAAUGAAAAAAGAAAUCAUUCUACUGAGAAACCCUAUAAAUGUGCUGAAUGUGGCAAAUGCUUCAAACGGAACUCUUCUCUUGUUUUACACCAUCGAACUCACACUGGUGAGAAACCUUAUACCUGUAAUGAUUGUGGAAAAUCAUUCUCCAAGAACUACAACUUGAUUGUACAUCGAAGGAUUCACACAGGAGAGAAACCCUAUAAAUGCAGUAAGUGUGGGAAAGCUUUCAGUGAUGGAUCAGCUCUGACACAACACCAGAGGAUUCACACAGGUGAGAAGCCUUAUGCAUGUCUAGAUUGUGGAAAAACUUUCAACAGAAAUUCAUCCCUGAUUUUGCAUCAAAGAACUCAUACAGGGGAAAAACCAUACAGAUGUAAUGAAUGUGGGAAACCCUUCACUGACAUCUCUCACCUUACUGUGCAUCUCAGAAUCCACACUGGUGAGAAGCCCUAUGAGUGUAGCCGGUGUGGAAAGGCUUUCCGAGAUGGCUCAUACCUCACUCAGCAUGAGAGGACACACACUGGAGAGAAGCCUUUUGAAUGUGUAGAGUGUGGAAAAUCCUUCAAUCGCAACUCUCACCUCAUUGUGCAUCAGAAAAUUCAUUCUGGGGAGAAACCCUAUGAAUGUAAAGAGUGUGGAAAAACUUUCAUUGAGAGUGCAUAUCUCAUCAGGCAUCAGAGGAUUCACACUGGUGAGAAGCCUUAUGGUUGUAACCAGUGUCGUAAACUCUUCAGGAACAUCGCUGGACUUAUCCGGCACCAGAGAAUUCAUACUGGUGAAAGGCCUUAUGAGUGUAAUCAGUGUGGUAAAGCUUUUAGGGAUAGCUCCUGUCUGACCAAACACCAGAGGAUUCACACUAAGGAGACUCCGUACCAGUGUCUGAAGUGUGGAAAGUCCUUCAGGCAGAACACUCAUCUGGUAGUACAUCAGAGACUUCAUAACAGAGAGGGUCCGAGCCAGUGUCCUCACUGUGGAAAAAUAUUUAGAAGGAGCUGGUGUCUUGCCCGACAUCAGAGAACACACCUUGAAGAGCAGCCCACGGAAACAUAGUGGACAUGUGCCAUACUCUUCUUGAGUGAACAAAGGAUUUGUCUUCAGAUGUGACUUCCCUUGCUAACAGAAAAGAAUUCUUUAUAAAAAUAUUGAGUAUGACAUAUUCUAUAAUUGCAUUAUACUGUUACUAGGGAACUCCUGAAGAGAGGAUUGAAUGGUAAUUAAUGUAGUAAAGGCUUCAGGGAUGAUUCAGCCUAUACCAAACAUGUAAUUCAUACACUGAAAUAAGUGAGGAAGGCAUUUUCUUAGAGAUAUCCCUCUAUCUUUACAGCAGGAUACUGAAAUUGGAAAGAACCUGUGAAUUCAUUCAGUAGGUAACCAGUAGGAGACAUUUUUAAUAGUAUCACCUUAUUAUAAGCAAAUGCUUAUUAGAGUCAAAGUUUGUAAGUGUUAUUUGGAAGCAACAGUUUUGUCAGGAGUUUUUACUGUCCACAAAGGCAUAGUGGUAGGAUGUCUCACACAGUGCCCUACAAACCACCACCGGAUGUAGCUGGGUUUGCUGUUUGAAUGCACUUCUGUUUUAUGGUGCUGCCAAAACACAGAUGACUCAUUUAAUGAGGUGAAACUGGAUAUAGGAGUUGCUUGUGAUUGAGAUGAAGUUGUCCCUCUUCAGACUAAAAUAUUCUUCGUGAUGGAAAGGGCUGCUUCUAAGAAAUAGGAUCCAUUGCUAUAGGUGUUGAACAAGAAAAUACUGAAUUGUAUUUCAGUUAUCACCUGCUUUCACCAUUGUUGAUCAUUUUGGAUACUAAUUUGUGUAGAAUUCAGGUCCUUUGAAGCAAAAUCCAAAAGUUUCAUUGCCAUCCUAAAAAUACUUAGAUCAUUGCAAAAGAAGGCAUAAAAGUAGAUUUAUUAUUACAAUCAUGUAAACAUGUUCAUAUUUGGCUGUAGGUUAGCAGUGGAUGAUGGUAUUAAGUGGUUUCUUAGGAGACUACAAUUGUGUUCUUUUUCCCUUUUAUUUAUACUUUUUUAUAUAAUAAUUUGGUAAUGUAUAUAAAAGCGAAGCUAAAGGAAACAAAUUGGAGUUUUCUUGGAUCUUCGCCAGUGAAUAGAGGCCAAAGAUACUGUCAGACAUCCUAUAAAGGCUAGAUUAUGGCUACAGGAAGCCAUAAGCGUCUCCAGGUGUAUAUUGACAGACACUUCUUUGGAAUCAGAGCAUCCCGAAGCCUAGAAUAAUUUCUUUUAGAAUUUUGAAUAUAAAGAUUAUGGCAUUGUGGAGGGAGAGGUAUAAGAGUCUAAGGAUAGGGAAGAGAAAGUUACAGAGAAAUCUAGAAUAAUCCUAGCAUGUCCUUGCUUAGGGUAGUGUUAGCUGACUGAAAGCUAGACAGUUUUGUUGAAAGCUUCAAAGGCCUCUGAUUCCUCCUGAAAAUUUUGACUUGACCCUGUCUUCUAUCUUUUGAUUCCUGUGAAAAGAGAAUCAUAAGUCUAUUUUGAGAUGAUUAAGGCUGUUGAGUAGAUUUGUAAGGAAGUUUAGACAACUUAGUCUUCUGUAUGCAUGCUCUUGACAGCAGGAUGGUUAUCAGAUGAUGGGGAUGGAGAGAUAGUGGUAGAGAGUGCUUGUUAUUCUUCCAGAAGACCUAGGUUCGGUUUUAAGCACUUGUAUGAUGGGAAGGUACUGGUGCCUAGUGGGUAGAGGCCAAAGAUAUUGUUAGACAUCCUACAAAAGUAGCCCUUGGAACAGUUAUUUCAGAAUAUUAAGAAUAUUGUGAUUGGGAUGCACACACAUGCACAUACAGAGCACACAAUCAUUUGUAACUUACAGAUUGUCUCUAUAAUGUUAUGUGUCUGAAUAAGGCAUUAGCAAACACCUAGUGGACUAUCUGUAUCACUUAAGGCCAAACACUUUGGUGUCUGCUACUUUCAAGAAAAACAUGCAUGUACCAUUAGUGUUAGUAGUGUCCCUGCUUCUUGAUCCUACAUCUCAGAUUCUGGAACAGGAAAUCUUCACUAAGCCUGCUGUGGCCUGAGGGAAGCACCUCAAGGAAGAGGCAUCCACUCUGAAGUUUUAGUGAGUCCACAUGGGGUUUGUACGAGUGUGAAUUCUUUCCCCUUGCUCUUUUCUAAAAUUAGUUUUCUCAGAUCAGGAAAAACUGCUGUCAUGAAAAUAACUACUGUAUAGAAGAUGGACACUUUUGGCUAAAGAGGGAAAGGUGAGAUUUGAUCUGGGAGCGUUCCAGAUGACUUGCAAUGCAGCCUGGACAAUUUUUGGUGGUAGGCCAGAAUGAUUAGGGAAAAAGACAAGAGAGUAUACUGGAAUAUCAGGAUGAGUACCAUUUAAUCACACAGCCCUUAAAUAGGUAGAGAACUUGGGCUAGAAUCAGAUGGAGAAUGUGAAGGUAGAAUAUUUAAAGAAUAAACAUUUAUUUUACUUUUCCUGACUUUAAGGAGCACCUAACUUACUGUUCUGAUUUUAAGGCUGGAGAAUCCACAAUAUGAAUGGCUUCUAAAAGCCAGAGAAGCAAGAAAAUGAAUUCUCCCCAAAGUCUCCCCAAAAGGAACUAUCCCUGUUCUUAUUAGUCUAUUGAGAUUGAGUGGAUUCAAGUCCUAAACUGCGAUAACUGAUGUAUGGUUUUAAGCCGUGUUUUUUGUGGUAAUUUGUUAUAUUAUCUGUAGGUGAUAUGCUUCCCUCAAUAGUUCCUUUUAGACUCCUUACUGAAGUGUGUCCUUUUACCGAGCAAGUUAAGUAAACCAACCCUUUCUACUCCAUACCUAUAAAAUUUAUUUUAUAGGAAAAAUAGAUUUCUUUUGGCUCUGUUGACCUCUGUGCAUUCACCAUUUUAACAGCCCUGAAUUCUAAUAAUAGUUUAGAGAUUUAAAUACUAUGAAUGUUCAAGGGCGUGCUGGUGUACACCUUUAAUGCCAGAACUGAGGAGGCAGAAGCAGAUGGAUCUCUUAAGUUUGAGGCCAGCCUAGUCUACAGAGUGAAUUCCAGUACAGCUAGGGGCUAUGUAGUGAGACCCUGACAAUAAGAAAUAAUAAUAAAAUAAGUUCUGUGAGUGAGUAGCCAUUUGUGAAAAUAAAUCUCAGAAGCAAUGGAAUAACUUUUCUGUAACUUUAAUCCCAUCCCCUUCUACUUGGUUGGCCAAGAAGGCAUAUUUCAGCACCAUAAAGCAUGCCCACAGCACAAGAAUGUGGCAGUGCCAGAGCAGGGUUUCAUGUCUAAAAUGGAGAUUGGAAACAUUUAUAAUUAAGGUCAGUAUCUUAACUAGUUACUAUUAACCCACAUUCUUUUGAUUUUUCAGAUUAUCGGUGCUCAAGUAUGCCUGCCUGCAGAUUGUUCACUAGGCUGGUCCAACUUCAUGUCUUUCUUACUUUAGCAACUGUAUAGAGUACAUGCAGUAAGAGUUGGUACUGUAGCAGAAAGCAGAACCAGCUGUUUACAAUUCAGCAGGGGAGAAAAAAAAUAAAUGCACAGCAUGUAUCAGAUGGUGGUUGAUGCCUGGGAGAAAUAUAAAGAUGAGAAGGGGGAUGGGGGUGUCUAUAUUGGGUGGACGUGAUGACAGUUUUAAAAAGCUUGAUCAUUUCCUUUCUGAAUGAAAGGCAAUUACAUGUGUGACAUUCUAGGGGUGUGAUGUCCUGCAACAAGAGGUUAAGAUUUAGGGAGGAGAAACCUUCCACCAUAUGAAUUACAGGGAAGAGCAAUUAAGUCAUAGAUGGAACUUCUUCAUGAGCAGCAGUGAAAGAAAUGGCUUCAUUGCAGAGGCAGGUGUGGAGAACAAAACUUUGUGAAACGGAAAGUCCAUUUACAGGAAAACAUCUAUGAUUCUGAAAAGAUAAAUUGUUUUAGAAUAUGCAUAAUGAAGUCCUAGCCGAAGAAAAGAACAAGUAUGUAAGUAUAAGCUUGAUAACCAAAGGUAUUCAGCAUUAGUGGUCAUUUCUGAUAAAAUAGACUAGUGUUCAAGUUUUAAAUACUAAGUGAACUAUUCAGUGGUUCUUGAUAGUCUCACCAGGUUGUUCAUUCACUUCUAUUCUGUAAUUUAAGGACUUUUUCAUUAUUCAUAGAAAAGCCCUUUGUAUCUAUUAGUAUCCUCCAUUUCUCUGACCCUGGCAAUCACUAAUCUCUUUUCACUGUGUAUUUGCCAAUUCUUUGCAUUCUACAUCAAUGGAAAAAUAAGACACGUGGCCCUUUGUAACUUCAUUUAGUAUAAUGUUUUCAAGGUUCAUGCUGUAAGUUCAAGGUCCUUUUUGUGGCUGAAAAAUAUUUUGCCAUAUGAUUAAAACUGUAUUUUGCUUAUUGGUUGAUGGAUAUUUCAGCUUCUACUUUUUUGGCUAAUAAUAAUAAUAAUACUAAGAAUAAUGCUGAUGAACACAUGCAAACUCAUGUGCCAAUAAAUUUUCAGUACUCUUGGGUAGAUACUUAGGAAUGGAAUCGCUGGAUCUUUGUUUGCUUUUUGGGGGAACUGAUGUCCAUUUUACAUUUGACUAAUAUAUGACUACUUUGACUUCUUCAUGACCUUACCAACAUUUAUUUAUUUUUUUGUGCUAGUGGUGUGAAGUGUUAUCUUGUGGUCUGGGGAAAAUAAUUUAUAAAGUUGAAAAUCUAUACCUUAUCCCUUACCCCAUGGAUCAGCAUUUUUUCCUGCAAGGGGAAGACAAUAGUUUGAACUGUGCACCAUGUCAUCUCUGCUGCAGGUUCUCAGCCACAGGACUGUAAUGUGGAGGUAGCUAUAGGGAUUGGUAAGCGAGUGUGUGUGAACGUGUCCGACAAAACUUUACAUACGGACUCUGAUUCUUUAAAAUUGUGAAACUUACAGAAAAUUCAAGUUUCAUGUAGCAAAGUAAGCCAGGCCUGGUGGCGCUCACGUGUAAAUUUCAGCACUUAGAAGCAGUAACAGGAUGAUUGCUGCAAGUCCCAGGUCAGCAUGACUACAUAGGGAGACUCAGUCUCAAAAAACCAAAAAGCAAAACUAAAAUAAAGUAUUCUUUGUCCAAAACCAUAAGAUUUGGAGUAGCAUUUACCCAGGGGCUGUAGUUUGAUAGACAAACUUGUUGCAGACAAAACGAAGUGGAAAGGUAGCUUGAAGCUGCUAGUUGAGAAUAUCAAACUUUUUUUUUUUUUGGUUAUCUUGGUAUAGGCAAACAUUUUUAAAGUGAAAUGAAUAUCGGAGAAAAGGUUAUAGUAAAUUUAAGAAUUCAUGUGCAUAAGAAAAUCCAUACUAUGUAAACGAAAUGGCAAGCAAUAGAAAAAAAAAACCGUUGUAGCUCAUAGAGCAGACAGAAAUGUUACUUAAAUAUGUUAAGGAUCCAGCAUUGCAAAGAUAAAACUCAUUGAAAAUGUGGUCAAACACUUUGGAUCUGUGCCAUUUUGAAUGAGGAAUCCAAAUAGCCAAUUCAUUCAUGGCACUGCCCAAUUUCGUUACGAAUUUCAUAAUGAAUUUCAUUCGUUAUAGAAAUCCCAGGAUACUGUAUCUGGAUGAAUAUCUUUUUUUUUUUUUUUUUUUGGUUCUUUUUUUCGGAGCUGGGGACCGAACCCAGGGCCUUGCUCUUCCUAGGCAAGCGCUCUACCACUGAGCUAAAUCCCUAACCCCCUGGAUGAAUAUCUUAAGUGUUGACAGGGAACUUGUUGACAAACAUAUAUUUUGCUUUUGAUUCAGGAGGAAGUCUUUCAUAUGACUAUAUAUUCUCAGAAACAAUUACAGUUCUAGUCACUACCUGGACAAGAAACCGUGGGUAGUCACAGCCAUUUCUAGUUACAAAGAGGCUGGGUGGGAUGGGGUUUUACUGAUGUGUUUAUAAAAUGAUAAAGAGAGGAUAUGUCCUGGGUUUCGAUACCAAUGCUGUGUUUAUAAAAAGAUAAAGAGGGGGGAUUAUGUUCUAUGGAGGUGUGGUGAGGUAUGGGAAAGGGGGCACCUCAGGGGAUCCCUGCUGAGACAUCCCUUCCCAGUGAGGGAUCAGCCACACGACCUAUAGUAUAGAAUAGAAUUUAUUCAGGGCAUGGGGAGGGGAGUUAAGAGGGUAGUAAGGGCAGAAAGUAGAGAGAGGUAGAGUAGAGGCCGGCCAUGGGCACGUGGAGAGAAGUGGGGAAGGGAAUGGGGAGAGAAGAGACAGAGGGGGAAGAGGGUAAGAGCAAGAGGGGAACAAGAGAGAGCAAGAGCGUGAGGAGGGAGGAAGCAGCCCCUUUUACAGUGUCAGGCAUACUUGGCUGUUGCCAGGUAACUGUGGGGCGGAGCGUACCUGGCUGUUGCCAGGUAACCGUGGGGGUGGAGCUUACGCUAGGUAAUUGUGGGGGUGGAACUUCGAAUGCUAACUCUAUCUCAGGCGGGACUGGAACUCACAGUUUGCCAGGCUGGCAGAGAACUCAAGAAUUCUUCCUGGGUCUCCCAAGUAGGGUGUUUGAGAGUGCAGAUGUUUCAAAUGUGAGCCAUUAAGCCUGACACAGCCAUUUCCUCUAACAAUUCUGGAAACAGUACUAACCUCCUUUUAUGCACCAUGGAAAAUUAUACCAGUACAUAAAAGUGAAGCUGGCGACCAUCAAGAGGAAACAGCCAUAAACAGAUCGCCUUCUGCAGUGCUUUCGGGUACUGUGGGCAUUGGUAAUUCAGCGUUUGAGGGGCAGACCAGGAGGAGACAUUGUUUCAAAGUGCCAAGUACUGCAGAUGAGUGUCAGGAACUAGAAGUCACUUCCUGAUAGGCAGCUAGGGAGAGGGGCGGUGGCUAGGGAAUACAAAUAGUAAAGUUAUAAUAUGACUAGCUUUUCCCUCACCUUCCUUACCUGAGACAAAAGUCUGGCAGCUUAAACAAAGGCCUUGCGGGCUUUUUCCUCUGCCAGUAGGAUCCCCGCUGAUGGACUGGCUCAGCAAGUUCAAGAGAUGUGGGUCAGUCAGCUGACCUGUUUUUCUUCAAACCGAACUCUCCACAAUUGGGGGAAAACCCCUCAAAAGAUGAAUCAAAAGAUGAAAAAACUGCCUUGGAGGAGAAGCUGGGUUGCUUUGCAGAGUUUUUUGUUUUUUGUUUUUUUUUGUUUUUGUUUUUGUUUUUUUUUAAUGUGUUCUUCCUCACUUCCUAAUAAAAGCCAUUCUUGAUGGACUGAUUCUGUCUGCUCUUGUGGUUCACUUUCCUUGCUGCUGUCACCUUAGAGAUUUUUCCUGUUUUUCAGUUAUUUAAUUGCUGAGGAAGGGAUCCGUGGCUGGAAAAAGGCAAUCCUUAGGGAUAACAAAUGGAAAGGAGCUGGACUCCCUGGUCUCCCUGGGUCAUAUCCCGCGGAGGGUGGGUGGGGAGACGACACGGGUAGGUAGGUACUAUUGCAAAAGGAUGACCUCACAUAGGUGGUUCGCGCAGUCUGGGACAGGUGGGUGGAGUUUUUCGUUUCAUUAAACUUCAGCAGUCUGCGGGGACUAAAAGCCUCAGAGCUCAAGACCGCAAAAAAGGAAGCUCUUUUGGGGCUUGGAUCUGGUUCUCCAGGAUAUCCACACUCAGCUUUUAGAGAUGUCAGGCGUCUUAAGAACACCUCAUCUCGGUGCUUAGGGCGAACACACGCAGACCUUUAGCGUCCCACGUGGGGGUUGUGCCCUUGGAGGUGAGUGGGUGUCUCCCUGGUUCUUGGGUUGGGUCUUCGUCCUUUGUAGUCCACCCGCCCCUCCUCGCGACUUCCGCAGAGGCGGAACAGAGUCCUGGACCUGCGUGUCUGCGCAUCUUGGGAUCUGAAGCUGAGGCUGGGCUGGUGGCUUUUUGUCCCGCGUAAUGUCACGAGUGUUCUCACCCCGCAGGACGCGGAUGGGUCGGACUCCAUGAGGUUCGCACUCCUCCGCCAGCGUGGACCUCGCUGCUUUCCCUCCAAGUCCACAUGCAGACGCAGCUCUUCUUCCACUCCAUCUCAGGGUUAGGGACUGGAAUGCCUGCUGUUUUCUGUACCCACUCCCAAGCUUUCUCCUCUGUGUCUUUCUGCCCACCAGUCCUUCUUCUGCCUUUCCUCUACCCUAUUCCUCAACAUAGAGACAGCGUCCCCUCCCUGCACAUGUGUUCGUUUGGUUUCUCUUCCUAGGGGCUGUGAAGUCUCUCAGCCGGUCUUCCUUCUUUCCCUGCUGGAUAUUAUACAGGGAGGAGCCUCUGAGAGAGGGACAGCCCAGCCCCUGGACUGGAAAGUUCAAGGUUGGUGGCAGGGUAUGCCAGGUAGGGACUAAGAUGCUUGGAGAACCUGGAGGCCAGGUCUGCUUUGAUAGGUAAAAUAUGCACCUUAGUCUCUGGUCCAGGGUCUAAACAGUCACCUUAUGGAGAUGUUGAGUUGUCUUGUUCCUUUGCUUCUUUCCCUGUUGUGAACAUGCAAGUUUUCAGGUUCUGUUUGCUCUGAAAUGGGCUUGUUGUAUAGCACAGACUAGCCUGCAACUGUCUGUGUAGCUUAGGCUGGCCUUGAGCUCAUAGUUCUCCUUCCUCAGCCUUCUGAGUACUGGGACUAUAAUUUACACCAUUAGGACACACACGUUUUUAAUUUUUUUCUUUCCCAUUCGUAGCGGUACUUUACGAAACACUUGGCCAUUGUCCUUGUGAAACAGGAUUUUAUUGCCUGAUGACUUUCCAACUUGUUUGAACCCUUGCCCAUCUAAAUUUACUACAUGUAAUAUGUAACAGUUAUGUAUUAUGUUGUUGUGUGUAUGCUUAAGUAUGUAUUUGUGUGUAUGACAUACAUAUUUUAUUUGUGGGUUUAUAUGGAAUUUUGUGUAUACAUGAAUCACAUACAUAUUUAUAUGUAUGUUCAUACGUGUAUAUGUUUGAGUAUGCAAUCUUUUUGCAUCUGCAUGUUUUAUAUAUAUUUAUGUAUUUGAAGCGAGCACAAUUACAUAGCGAGCUGUAUAGAUGUGUAACUUGAGUUAAUGUGUGAUGAAAUUGUAUUUACUAGAGAUGAACUCCUUUGAUGGUACUUUUGAAUUUCAUUUUGUGCCAUUGCAAAAUAAAGGUUGUUCAUCCAUCACAUAACCUUCAUUUAAUUUUAUUUCAUCAUAGUACUUUUGAAUCAUCUGAAUCAGUUUCUAAAGACAAUUCUCCAUUUUUUUAAUGCUAAGCAAAAGAUGUUAGUGAUGUAGCAACUUAUACUAUGAUGUUAAUCAUGCUCAUCUAAGUUGAAUAAGCAGCUUGACUCCAAAUUGUUAAUAACCCUCUAUGCAGGGGAUCAGAAUUUAAUGAACUUACGACUUGAUACUGACAUUAUGGAUGAUUUUUGUUAACAUUUCAUAUAUUUUCCACAUUUCCUGCAAUGAGUACAUAUUACAUCAUUUUACAGUGAGGUGGUGUUUUGUUUUUAUUAUUGUAUUUUUGCAGUAUUGGGGGUUGAACACUGGGCCUCACCUUUGUUAAGCAAGUGCUUUUACCAUUGAUAUACUGUGAGAUCCAAAGAACAACAAUGUAUCUGGCAAGUUAGUGGGAGGUCAAGACAGGAAAGAUAUACCUAGCAGGCUAAGAAUUCAGAGGUAUUAACAGUUAAGACAUUUAAACAGAAUUUCAUGUUUGUCCUAUGUCACUUCCUGACAAAUAAAGGUUUCUAAUUGUAAUUAAGAAGUUUCUGUUUGUCCUGUGUUACAUCCUUGCAAAAUAAGGUUUCUAUUUAUAAUUAAGAAGUUUCUGUUAAUCUAUAUCCUAGUUAAGGAAUAAAACUCCCUGUUUGCUCUGUGUUACAUUCUUGCUAAAAUAAGGUUUCUUUUGUAAUUCCGAGUAAGAUCCUGCUUCCUAGGUCUGAUGUAAACUGCUUAUAACCCCAUUCACUUGAUCUAUAUCCUUGCCUUUGCCCCUUCCAUUUUCCUUGUAUUCUUUAACAAUGUGUAACAGCCAACCCUCUCAUUGCUGAAAACACCUUAUCUCUCCUAUAAGAGGGACUUCAAGAGGCCAGCAAGGGCUGCUCUCCCAAAUCCCAACUUAGGGUGAGAUAGCUUGUUGAUUAGUCUGGGGUGCUGACCAGUCUGGAGUGCACCCCUAAAUAUAACUUCCUUUAAUUGGUGAGUUUUACACUUGGUCUUUUCUCCUUGAGAAUCUCAGGUUUAACAAUAGCCCUUAAUGACUGUAAUAAGUUUUAAAAGUAAAGUAUUGAGUAAAUGCUCUUUUUUUUAAGUUUGCUUGGAACUUCUGGAAGCUUAUUUGGCUUAUGUAGUAAAGAGAUCAAAUAGCCUUGACCAUGGAUCACUUGUCAGCCUGCAGGUAGCAGCUGGAAGCCCAACAUAUUCCAUAUUUGGCCAGCAUAGCCUGAGGUUUGAACACUCGGCUGUACCCUAGUCUCACUUCUAAGAGGCUGAAAUUCUUGGUGUUCCUGCUCUCUGCUGCUUCAAAACAUGUCUGUAAGAUUUUUCAAGUUAAUAGUUUUUCCAGGUUAGGUAAACUGGUGGAUUUCUUAAGGCUCCAGUUGGAGUUAUCUUUCUUCCAUGAGCUCAUUUGUAACCAUCUACUAGAUACCUUCUGAGAAGGCUCCCAGAAGCACUUACAUCUUUCCCAUCUACUUUGUAUUUAGGCAAAUUUCUGAAAUGUAACAAAAUUGAAAAAGAAUAGUGAACAUCCAUUGUCCAUUGUGUAAAUUUAGCAGUUAAUACAUUGUAAUAUGUAACAGUUAUAUAUUAUGUGUUGAUAAUAUAUGUUAUGUGCAUGUUUUAUACCUGUAUUUGUGAGUUUGGCCUGUAUAUGUAAUGGGUUUAUAUGUAUUUUUUGUGUGUAUUAUAUACAUAUUUAUAAGACUAUGUAUGUUCAUAUAUAUAUGAAAAUGACUGCAGUUACAUCUAUGUUUAGUCAUAUAUAUAACUAAUUUAUUUGUGUAUACCAUUUGGAAAUAAGCUUUUAAGUAGGAUGCUUUAUCUCUAAAUAUUUCUUUACUUGUACUUUAAGGGAAAGAACAUUGUUCUGCACAACUCCUCACACUAUUUAUACACCUGAGCAAAUGAGCAGUAAUUUCUAACUAUUGUUUGGUAUCCAUCUCUGUUUUGGUUUUGCGGGUUUCCAAAUAACCAAACAUAGGAUAUUUAUUUUUCUAUAGUCAGGAGGUUUUUACACAUCAUUGUGUUUCCACAGUUUUGGAAUAAUUAUAGAUUCACAAGAAAAAUUUUUUGAGACAGCCGUCUCUCUAUGUAGCUUACAAUGCCCUCCACUUUCUAGUUGCUGGGUUUUUAAACUAGUAAAAAUGGAGGGUCCUUAAUGUGUAGAACAGGUUUUUGUCUCUUAAAUUUUAAUUUUCAUAGGAUAUAUGCUUAACAGUGUACCAUGCCCAGCUUUUUCUAGAACCUUUAUAAUACUGUGACCCAUUUUGAGUAGAUCCUUACAAGGGGUCAACUUCAUUCCUUUGCUUUUGAAUAUUCGGCUUUUUCUCACAUCAUCUGAAAAGGGCAGUUCUUUCCCAUGGACUGGUCUUGUUGAGUCAUUUAACAUACAUGCAGAGAUUAUAUACAAGCUCUGUAUUCUGGUCUAUUGAUCUAAGGUCUGUCUUUCUUGAAGCUUUGCAGUCAACAAAUCUAAAACCUCCAAUUUAUUUUUUCAAGAUUGUUUUGGUGAUUCAGAAUUCCCUGAGAUGCCAUUUGAAUUUUAAGGUAAGUGUUUCUAUUUUCUUAAGGAAUAUUUCUGGGAUUUUGGUAGAGGUUACAGUGAACAUGUAGAAUACAUUGGGUAGUACUUACAUCUUAAUGGCAUUAAGAUGACAUAAGAUGGUAGGACAUAUAGAUGUCCUAGGGGUUAAGAGCACUGGCUGCUCUUCCAGAGGUCCUGAAUUCAGUUCCCAGCAACCACAUGGUGGCUCACAACCAUCUGUAAUGGAAUUCAAUGCCCAUUUCUGGUGUGUCUGAAGAUAGCUUAUAUAUAUAUUUAAAAAGCUAUUUAAAAAACCUUAUUUCCAAAUGAUAUAUACAGAUGAAUUAAUAAUAUAUAAAUAAACAUAUCCAAAACAUGUUAAUAUAUACACAAGUGAAUACACACACACACACACACACAGUCUUACAGUUCUUGAACAUGAAGUGGCUUCCCAUGUAUUUGUAUCUUUCUUAAUUCUUUUCAGAAACAUCAUUUACUUUUCUAUAUAUAAAUUCCAUGCACUAGCAUCAGUGUUUUCUACUCAUCUGCUACUGACUCAGGGCCUUAGUACCCCAUUCUACUUGAGCAUCACAGAAGAGUAUUUGUCCCUAGCCUAGAGACAAAUUCAGAAUAAUUUCUCUUGAAUGUGUUACUGCUUUUGCAGCAUUGUAAAAUUGAAGAAUUGAAUGUUGAUGUAAGUCUGGGGUUAUCUAAUGUAAUUUCUUUUUUUUCCCAACGAUGCCUUUUAUACUUGCAUAGUCCUUCUGGCUAGAUCUUAAGAGAAGUGGUAAGGGUGGACAUCCUUGUUUCUGGCCUUAAAGGAAAAACUUUCUGUCCUUUACCAUUGACUAUGGCUAUUUUUUAAUAUGGCCUUUAUGUUGAGCUAAUUUCUUCCAUUCCUUGACUAUGAUUAGUGUUUUUAUAUACUGAAUUAAAAUUUUCAUUGAUGUGUUUAUAUCAUGAAAGGGCAUAACACUAAAACAGCGUCUCCUCCCUGCCUUUAAGCUGGGUCUGUCCACUCUAGCAAGAAAAAACUACUGUUACACAGUCCAGUAACUCUGUAAAUAUUUUUCUUGUACCAGAAUUGUUAUUAUGCAGCCUUGGUUUGGGCUGGAUUCACCAUUUUGCACUGUGGAAUAGCUUUACAGUGCAUCACUGCAGCCAGGAGAACACACACAUAUAUUUAAAAGUAUAUCGGAUAGUUGGCUACAAGUAAGCAGGGUAUUUGUCGCAACUCACUCAUAGUAUAUUCCCCAAAUUACUGAAGAAAGUUGCUGCCUCCCGCAGCCCAGUUGUUCUUUUGGUUCCUCACUAACAAAAGUGCCUCAUGACAAAAGUACAUUUGAUUUUUAGGGUGCCAUAUUGUUAAAAUUAGAUAACGUACAUUGAAUAAAUGAAUGCAUUUUAUCCGUAACAGAUUCCCUUACAUUUACCAGUUAACACAGGUGGAUACAGAACUCCCAUUCCUUAGUCAUUCCAGGCGGAUCUGAGUUUUAUAUUCGAACUUUUAAUACAGUUUUUGAGUUUUGUGUGACUUGAAUUUUUAAUCUUUCUGUAAAAUACGUAAUAACUUAAAUGAACAUAUUCUAUGUGUAUCUUUUCUUCAGAUACCAGAUUUGAUAUAAAUGUUGUAACAUAGGUGUGUAGAUAGUGGAUCCUGGAUGGAACUGGCUUCUUACUGAGAAGAAUAUAAUUCUGCAUGAGGACUUUAUCCAAACCUGUGUCAUGCCUCUGUGCAUACCCAAUUAAACACUGGAAAUAAAAUUGUUUUGGUGAACUUUGAAAAAAAAAAAAGAAA